GCGUUUAAGCUAGUCUCCCUUACAAUCCUCCUAUUCUAUCUUCUUUCAUUCAGCACGAUCCCACCGACCUUGAACUGGGAUAAACUACCCCUCUACCUUGUGAAGUCAUUAUGGUCCGAUUGCGCGAGAUCUCGCGCACUGCGGCCUUCGCCUGGUCCUCUGGUGCCGAGAAACCGUUACUCGUUACUGGAACCCGAGCUGGAGCCGUUGACGCCGAUUUCUCCGACGAGACAAAGCUCGAGUUGUGGGAUCUAAAUCUCGACAACCAAGAACAGGGGCUUGAACUUCAACCCAUCGCGAGUAUCGCCGCCGACUCUAGGUUCUACGAUAUCGCCUGGGGCCAACCUUCCGAAGACCACCCUCAAGGUAUCAUCGCCGGCGCUCUCGAGAACGGAUCACUUGACCUCUGGGAUGCCGAGAAGCUUAUUUCUGGCGACUCCGACGCCCUAAUAUCGCGAACGACGAAACAUACCGGGGCUAUUAAGUCGUUACAAUUUAAUCCUCUGAGGCCUCAUAUCCUAGCCACCGCUGGUGCUAAGGGAGAGCUCUUUAUAUACGAUGUCGACGACCCUUCAAACGCUUUCCGCCUGGGUACUGCUGCAGCUAGGUCAGACGAUCUAGAAUGCGUGGCAUGGAACAUCAAAGUCGCCCAUAUUCUCGCAACGGGAGGAUCUGGUGGUUUCGUCACUGUGUGGGAUUUAAAAACCAAAAAGGCCUCGUUGACUCUGAACAACAACCGAAAGCCUGUUAGUUCGAUUGCGUGGGACCCUAAUAAUUCGACGAAGCUAUUGACCGCUACGCCUGAUGAUACUACUCCUGUCAUCUUACUAUGGGACCUAAGAAACUCCAAUGCCCCAGAGAGAACACUCCAGGGUCAUGAGCAGGGCGUUUUGUCAGUGUCUUGGUGCCGACAAGAUGGUGAUAUUUUGAUUUCUUGUGGUAAAGAUAAUAGAACAUUAGUUUGGAACCCUCAGACGGGCGAACAAUAUGGCGAAUUCCCCGAGGUCACCAAUUGGACAUUCCUUACCCGAUUUCACCCACAUAACCCUGGCCUAUCGGCGACUGCAUCCUUUGAUGGGAAGAUUACCAUUCAGACAUUACAGAACACCAAUCCCUCGGCUGUACAGAGCACAACCCAAAACAGCCUAGAUGGCGAAGACUUCUUUACUCAGGCCCAGAAACAACCUCAAGGUGCUGCUUUUACUUUAGUGAAAGCUCCAAAAUGGCUUGAAAGACCUGUCGGAGUUUCGUUUGGGUUUGGUGGCAAACUUGUUAUCUUCCAGCAGAGUCCUCAUCAGCCUGGCCAGAAGCGCUCUUCCAAGAUCCAAAUAUCUCAAUUCUCCGUUGACUCGGACAUUGGAUCUGCUACUGAGAAAUUUGAAGAAUCUCUAAAAUCCGGAGAUGUUACAGCCAUAUGCGAAUCGCACAUAGAAUCGGCGGCGUCGGAUGAAGAGAAGGCUGACUGGCAGGUUUUGGAAACCCUGCUCGCCGAGAACCCACGAAAGCAAAUCGUUGACUAUCUAGGAUUUAGCGAAGAGGAAUCUAAGGAUGAAUCAACCAAUGGUGCAGCUGAGGAUGUUAAGGAAGCCGAGCCGGAAAAGCCAGUGUCGAAGAUUAAGGGACAUAAGAAGAGUAUUUCGACCUUUUUCUCCGAUGGAGUCGAAGGAGAUGGCGAGGACUUCCUAGCGAGCCUCUCAGCUACAAAGGGUGCCAAGACCGACAACCCAUUCCACCUAUUCGCCGAUAGCGAUACUGCCGUUGAGAAGCAGAUCACAAAAGCUUUAAUGCUAGGACAAUUUGAAACAGCAACUGAGAUCUGUUUGAAAGAGGGCCGUAUGGCAGAUGCCUUCAUUAUCGCUAACUGCGGUGGAAAGGAACUUGUCGAUAAGGUCCAGUCAACAUAUUUAUCCCAGAAGACCGGAAUGCCGAGCUACUUGCGACUUUUGGGUUCUGUCAUUGUUAAGAAUUUGUGGGACGUUGUCUAUAAUGCUGACUUGGCUGAUUGGAAGGAGACUAUGGUGACGCUCUGCACAUUCGCGGAUCCGGCUGAGUUCCCAGACCUCUGCGAAGCCUUGGGCGAUCGCAUUCUUGAAUCGGGUUCCAGAAAGGACGCAUCCUUCUGCUACCUGGUCGGAUCUAAGCUUGAGAAGGUCGUCGACAUCUGGGUUACGGAGUUGGAGGAAUCCGAGAAGGCUGGGUUGGCAGAGGCCAACGAUUCUACCUUCUCUAUCCACGCAAGGUCUCUACAGCAGUUCAUCGAGAAGGUCACAGUAUUCCGUCAUGUGACAAAGUUCCAAGAUAACGAAAUAGGACUUCCUUCUGGCUGGAAGCUUUCCUCCCUUUAUGAUAAAUACAUCGAGUACGCGGACAUAGUCGCGGCGCACGGACAACUCGAAAUAGCUCAAAAGUACUUGAGCCUUUUGCCAGCCAAGUAUUCAGUUGCCGAUAUGGCUCGCGAGCGUGUACAACUAGCCACACAAAAAGCCGCGCCACAAGCCACCGCAAGACAGCCAGCCCAAAGGCCUGCAGUAUCAGCACGCGUAGCUUCCAGAACGCCCUCUGCAGUCCCUGGAUAUCAGCCACCCCAACCAAUUGCUGGUAUCAGUCCUAUCAAUCCCGCCAACCCCGUCAAUCCAUAUGCCCCUUCGGUUGUACAGACUCCUGCGGCAAACCCUUACGCCCCACCGAUCGCCAGUAACCCCUAUGCUCCGCAAGGAUACCAACCGCCACAACCGCAACCCAUCCAACCAGCUCAGCAUCCAGGGUAUGGUCCUCUGCAACCUUCUUUCGGUCCUCCGAGGUCAUCAACCCCGUCAUCGAAGCUACCUCCUCCCCCAAGAGCUUCAAAUGCAGAAAACUGGAAUGAUGUCCCUAUGGUAACAAAAGCGCCUCCCCGGAGAAACACGCCGAGCACAGCCCCCAUCACAUCUCCAUUUCCUAACCAAGUAAACCAACCUAUGCCACCGCCGCCACAAAGCCCUUACGGCUCUCAGCGUGGGACAGCAACACCCCCGCCUCCUCCUAAAGGCCCUCCUCCUCCUGGACGAGUAAUGUCUCCUUUGGGUGGCCCUCCGCAAGCUGGGCAAUUACCACCACCGCCUAGGCCUGGGUCAUCUGCAGCGCAAACAUACGCGCCGCCCCCUUCCACUCAAAACCCAGUCGGCGGUCCUGGUUUACCUCCGCCCCCAAUGGGACAUGUUGUUCCUAGAAUGGCAUCGCCCUACAACCCACCACCGCAAGGAGCUGCACCUACUAGCCGUUAUGCCCCCGUACAGGCACCUCAGUCAGUUGGCAACCCUCCCCAGCAAGCUGGCAUGGUCCCCCCUCCCCCAGCCAACAGAGGGCCUCCACCAAACCCAUAUGCUCCUCAUCCUCAAGCAGCCCCAUCUCAAUAUGCCCCAUCCCCUUACGGUGCUCCGCCAGUACAACAAGGUCCGCCUUCCACCGGGCCCCCGUCAUCGGGCGGUGGCCCACCUCCCGCGGCAACUUCACCAGCACCGCCCCCACCACGAGCCGCACCGCCGCCUAAGGCCCGACACCCCGCAGGUGACCGAUCUCACAUCCCUCCUAAUGCUCAACAAUUACUCGACGUGCUCGGCCGUGAUAUGCAACGGGUAGCCAGUAAAGCCCCAGCAUCAUUCGCGCCCCAGGUUAAGGAUACACAGAAGCGACUUGGUCUCCUCUUCGAUCAUCUCAACAAUGAAGAAUUAGUCAAGCCGGAUACCAUUGAGCAAUUGACUCAAUUAGCUCAAGCGUUGGAGACCAAGGAUUACCCAGAAGCGCAACGUCUCCAGGUAGAGAUCCAGCGAGACAAGACAGAUGAAUGCGGAAAUUGGAUGGUCGGUGUUAAACGCUUGGUCCAAAUGAGCAAGGUUACGAAUUAAGAUUAAUGUGACUGCCAAAUUGACGGCCUGCAUCUCGCCUUGGUAUGUUCAUGAUUCAUGGAGCACGACGAGAACCGGUUAACGAUGGAGUAGCAAAACUGUUGAUGAGUGCAUGUAGAGUGUAGUUACAUAGAUAGGCUAGCCGCUGAAGUCAAAACACUUGGUGUAUUGUUCUUAAACUAUUUUCGAGUUCCUAGCCAACCGGCCAACAUAUUAUCCCCUUUCUUCAAUCGUAAAUGUGGAUUUGGUGUUAUGACGAAAAUAGAUUGAUUCCCGACACUGAUAUAUAAGCAAUUACCUUGACUCAUUAUAGAAUUGAUAGAAAAAUCGACUAUAAAAAGAAGAUAAAGCCGAUAAAUCACGAUGGGUCUCAAUCAG